AUACAAGACAGCAGCUCCCACGCUCUCAGACGCGUUGGUUUUAAACUCUCAUCAACCUGUUUUUAAACUCUCAAAAAUCCAUUUACUACAUUUGUAACUAUUUGGUAUCUUUCCUUUAAUGUGUCGGCCAUGCAAAGGAGUCUCUUCCUGGUCUACGCCCUGCUGCUGACUGUCACCGGAGCCUUGGACAGCGAUGACUCAAAGAGCGUCUCAGCCGUCGCCGGUGGAGCAGUCCUUCUGCCCUGUCACACCGACGACAGCCACGACAAACUAACAGUGGAGUGGUCCAAGGAAGGACCGCCUGAAGUCACCGUCUUCCUGUUACGCAAAGGCUGUGAGAACCACGAGGAGAAGAACCCGGCCUACGAGUUCAGGACCAACCUCAUCAUGAGUGAACUGAAAAAUGGAAACAUCUCACUGAGGAUUUCCAACGUGCAGCUAUCUGAUGAGGGGAGAUACAUCUGCAAGACAAUCAAAGGGUCAAGCAAUGGGCCCCAGAGGGAGGGCGUGAUACUGCUCACUGUCGUUGCAGCGUCUGAGCCCAAACUCUCAGUUGUCCCAGAUGGGGGCGGUGGAGUAACUCUGCAGUGUGACGCCGGCUGCUGGUUCCCGAAGCCUGAGAUCACAUUUCUGGAUGAUCAUGGAAACAAAAUCAGUGUGGACGACCCAAAAGAGGAGUUCAACUACGGGGGAUGUUUCAACAUCACGAGGAGAGCGACUUUGCCGACCGCAGUCAACAGAGUCGCCUGCUGGGUCAACCUGCCCAACAUGAGGAGAGUCGCAGAGAUUCACAUACCAGAUGGCUGCAUGAGGUCUUGCACUGUGCCCGUCAUCAUCGCUGUAUUUGUGCCUCUGAUGGUUCUCUGUGUAGCAUGCCUCGCCUACUUCUGCAAGAAUCGUCUUGCAGGGUGUCUAAAAGGGCCUAUUUUGCCGCAACUUUUCAAUGAAACUACAAAAAGCAGAAAUGGAGCAGAUUUUCAUCCUCCAGAAAACCAGGCUGAAGACGUCGAUCCGAGGGAGGAGCUUCUGAGAACCAUUGAGGACCUAAACCAAAGGCUUCUUGGUAAAGAUGAGAAGAUCAAGCAACUAACUCAACAACUGCAUGAACUCACGUCAGGACAGACUCUUGAUGUGCAGAGCAGUCACAGCCAAGAAUCUGUAAGAGCACCACCAAGCAGUGAAGGCUCAGUGCCUGAUGUCUCAACCAACAGCUGUCCUUCUCUCUUGGAUGAUGAUGUCGUGUUGCCCAGCCCGUCUCCGGCCCUCCCUCCCACUGAUUUCCGUCCAAAGAGUUCGUCUCUGUCUAGCUCUUCACGAAAGCCCCAACGCAGACACACCAUCUCACCCGUUUCUAGAAACCGCUUCAGUCUUUCAAAGCUAUCUGAAGAUGGGGAGCAGUUGCUCUCAACAGAAAAGUCUGAUUGAUACACGUUUAUUGAGGUACCGUCUGUCCCAGGUUACAAUCUUGUUAUUCAACCUUGUAAUAACUCCAGCUUUGAUCAAAUAGCUUUAGAGUAGUAUUCAAUUAGUAGCAGGUUUGUCAGUUACAUUUUUGUUGUUGUUGUUUGAUACGAAUUUUGUAGUCAAUUCAAUCAAUCUUUAUUUACAUAGCGCCAAAUCACAACAAACGUUAUACUCAGACUCUUUCCAAACAGAGCAGGUCUAGACCGUCCUCUAUGUUCUAUUAUUAACAAAGACCCAACAUCAAGACCGGAUCAGAUCUAGUCCCAUCUUCCAGACAGGACUCAGUCUGAUCUCAUCUUAAUCCACCAUGAGCAGAGCACUUUGCACUUUGAUGGGAGUCAAUAGAAGCAAGAUUACUGCUUCUGUUACCUCUGCUGCUACUACUGCUAGCACCACAAAUACCACUCUGCUUCAAACAGCCAAUACUACUUGUGCUCGCACUUCUAUGAAAUUUCUGGCGCACAAUGAAAAAUCAAUCAAUCAGUCUUUAUUUAUAAAGCGCAAAUAUAUCCGCAUAUAGACCGGAUCAGAUCCAGUCCCAUCUUACAGACAGGACUCAGUCUGAUCUCAUCUUAAUCCACCAUGAGCAGAGCACUUUGCAGCAUUUAGCAAGUUACAGUGGCAAGGACAAACUUCCUUUAACAGGCAGAAACCUCCAGCAGGACCAGACUCAUGUUAGACACACAUCUGCUGAGACCUACCGUGUUGGAGAGAGGGGUAGAGGGAGAUGAAGAGAGAGAGAGAUGAUAGUGGUGAGAUGGAUAGUAGUAGUUGUAGCAGCUGGAGUCUGCAGGAGGAACCUACGGGACAAGGAAGCUCAGGGACUCCAGAAAGGUCUAUGGUUAGUAACUUUAAUGGGACAGGGAGAGUUAAAUUAAUUAAUUAUUAAUAGAUAGGGAGAGAGAGGAGAUCCCAGUGUGUCAGUCUAAGCCUAUAGCAGCAUAACUAAGACCUGGUCCAAGCCUGAUCCAGCUCUAACUUUAAGCUUUGUCAAAAAGGAAAGUUUGAAGCCUACUCUUAAAAGUAGAGAGGGUGUCUGCCUCCCGGACCCUGACUUGUACAUGCUUCCAAAGGGAAGGUGCCUGAUGACUGAAGGCUCGACCUCCCAUACUACUUUUAGAGACUUAAGUUACGAUGAGCAGGUCUCAUUGUACCAGUUAUUUUUAAUGACUUUAUUACCUGUCUGUUUGUUUAGAAUCAAAGAGAACGACUGCAUUAAUUUUCCCCUUUUGAACACUUGCAUGAAAACAAGGCGAACACCUCAGAAUAAGCUAGAUGCGGCCCCGCCCCCAGAAGUUCCUAGAAAUGAAUAGGAUUCCUUUAUUGUCUUUGCACAUUGUACAACACAAUCUGUUGUACACCUCCCAGAACAAACACAUCGUUCCCUUCCUUAAUCAGACAUUUUUAAAAAGUAUUUAAAAUGAAUGAACUUAAGUGUUCUGGGAACUUUUUAGACAAUAAUGUAAAUCUAUAAAGAUAUUUCCGUACAUGAAAUGUCAUUGCACUUUAAAUAUUGUAGCACUUUUUAUAUAAUGCUCCAUUUUUGAACGGUUAUACUGAUCAGUUAAUUUCACUCUAAUGUAUAAGCUGCAUUCGAGUACCUAAUACGGUCCAGAUACCAGCAGUGCUCGGACAUUCCUCACCUGACAAAUACGAUUGUAGAGAAAAAGGAAGUGCCACAACAAAAAUGUCUGAACUGUGAAGGUUCAUUUUUCAGCCUCUUUUGAUAAACUUUCCAAUAGGUGUUCAGAAGGGUAAAGAAAUGGCGUCUGUUAUGUUUUUCUUUCAGUAAUAUCCUGUGCCUUAUGGAUGGGACUUCCCAUUGCUAAAGGGAAGCAUAUAGGGGUUAUAUACUCAUAUUCUUUUCUUUCAUUUGUCUGUAAAAGUGUGUUUGCAAACUCUGUACUCAGGACUUUGACUUCCAACUUCUGAAAACAAGUCGGAUGUCAGAAUGGGUACAAACAAUUGUAAUGUAACAUUUCAAAAGAGCUUGUUUUAAUCAUGGCACUUUUACGUUGUGAAGCCUGUGUUUACUAUUUCAAUUUCAAAGGUGCAAUUCAUGAUCUAAAGAGCCUUUACAGAACCAAGAACUGUUAUACGGUUUAUGCAUUAUCUAAUCUUUUAACCUAAAAAUGUGAUAUUACGAUUUCUUUAUACCAAUUCACUCAUGUGAGGAGGACAUGGCACUGUUAAAACCUUAAUGUGCAUUCUUUUUAUUCUUCUUUUUAAAACUGUGAUCCUGAAUGUUGGGGCUUUGUUCUUUCAGGGGUCAAAACACAAAGUUUGUGUAUAUUUUUAAAGCUUUCUCUAAUAUGUAUCCAUUACAAGAUCCUUUUUUAUGACACUUAUUUUGCAUGUUUUUAAAACUGUGGAAACAAUAAAACAGCUCCCUCUGGUGG